AUGGACCGCACCGUGGUGCUCAUCACUGGCUGUUCCUCCGGCAUUGGCCUACACCUGGCCCUGCGCCUGGCGUCCGACCCAUCCCAGAGCUUCAAAGUGUACGCCACGCUGAGGGACCUGACGACCCAGGGCCCACUUUGGGAGGCCGCCCGGUCCCGAGGGUGCCCUCCCGGCUCCCUGGAGAUGUUGCAGCUGGACGUGAGGGACGCAGAUUCCAUAGCCGCUGCCCGGGCACGCGUGACCGAGGGCCGCGUGGACGUGCUGGUAUGUAACGCAGGCCGGGGCCUGGUGGGGCCGCUGGAGGCACACGAGGAGGGCACCGUGGGCUCCGUGCUGGACGUGAACCUGACCGGGACCGUGCGGAUGCUGCAGGCCUUCCUGCCGGACAUGAAGCGGCGACGCUCGGGACGCAUAUUGGUGACCGGGAGCAUGGGAGGCUUGAUGGCUCUUCCCUUCAACGCUGUUUACUGCGCCAGCAAGUUUGCAAUCGAGGGUUUGUGCGAGAGUCUGGCGAUUCUGCUGCAGCCCUUCGGGGUCCACUUGAGCCUCAUCGAGUGCGGCCCGGUGCACACCGCCUUUCCCGAGAAGCUGGAGGGCGGCCUGGGCGGGAUGCUGGACCGCGCGGACGCCGAGACCCGCGACCUCUUCUCCCGCUACCUGAGCCACUCCGAGCAGAUCUUUCUUGAGGCGGGGCAGGACCCGGAGGACGUGACCGAGGUCUUCCUCCAGGCAAUGCGCGCCCCGCGCCCGGCCCUGCGCUACUUCACCACCGAGCGCUUCCUGCCCCUGAUACAGCUGCGCUUCUCCGACCCCAGCGGCUGCAGUUAUGUCGUUGCUGCGCACCAAGCAGUGUUCGGCGACCAGGCCGCCGAGGGCUCAGACGGCGCCGGGGCGGAGGCCGGAGCCGGAGAACUGGGGGCACCUGAGCUCGGAGCUCCUCUUGCCGCCCCGAAAUAA